AUGUCGACCCGAGUCCUCAUCAAUGACUACCCACACCGGACCUUGGCCUUAGUUACCGACCAACAUGCCUUGGUCUUUCGACACUCUCAUCCUCAGUCAGACGGCAAUUCCAGACUGGGAAGCCAGACCAGCCUAUCUUCGACGAACCAAAGCCGUGCAAACACAACUCCCCGAUGUAUGGUUGAGUUCACCGAGAAGGCAUCCAUCGACCUAACCCAGUUCCAUACCGUCGGCAGUGCUAAGGGCACUUUGGGUCUCAUCACCCUCAAUAAUGAUGUCUUCCUCUGUGUGAUUACUGGCGCUGAUGAAGUCGCAAACGUCAGGCCACGUGAGACGGUGCAGAGGAUCUUCGCUGUGGAGUUUUAUUGCCUCAACCGAGCCGACUAUGAUCAUGCUCACGGCCCUUAUCCGAACCCAUAUCCUGGUCAAACAUUCCAUUCCGAUGAUGUUGACUAUGGCGGUGGAUAUGAUCAGACCGAUUCUACGGCCGAGCACCCUUUCCACGCUCUCAGGAAGCUCCUGAGCGGUGGUAACUUCUAUUACAGUGUCGAUUUCGACCUGACCCGUCGCCUUCAAGACCGUGCCGAGUCAGAAUCUUCUGUUGACAUAUCAAGCCUAGAUGAAGGGCUACUCUGGAACUUCUACAUGAUAGACCCUUUACUCAAAUUUCGAAGUCGACUCACAGGUCAUGAGAAAGAGGCUCUUGACCAUUCUCGGAUACUCACUUCCGUGAUUCGAGGGUUUGUCAAGAGUCUGACCAUUCCACUAUCAUCCUCACCAAUCCGAGGCACACCUCCAGGUCUCCCGACCACCUUAACCGUCAUAUCUAGGCUCUCGUCGAGACGUGCAGGCACAAGAUUUAACUCCCGAGGUGUCGAUGACAAUGGUAACGUCGCUAAUUUUGUGGAAACCGAGACUGUCUUUUGGUCCCCCGCCGGCCUCUGCUUUUCUUAUACUCAAAUUCGUGGUAGCAUCCCAGUGUUCUGGGAAAGCACAAGCAGUUUGAUCCCUGGUCAACAGAAAAUCCAGAUCACUCGUUCACCCGAGGCAACUCAGCCCAGCUUCGACAAGCACUUUUCAACUCUUGAAAGGACCUACGGUGCUGUCCAUAUUGUCAACCUCCUGAGUGCAUUCAAACCUGGAGAGGUUGAACUCACAGAAAGAUACCGAUACCAUAUUAGCAGAAGUCCAUUGAAGCGUCACAAUGAGGGCGAAGUGGAAGAACACAGUUUGUUACAGGAGACAGAAUUCGACUUCCACGAUAGGACGAAAGGCGCCGGAGGAUAUGAGGGUGCUAGAGCAAUUCGACCAUAUCUCGACGCCAGCUCCGAAUCUUUCGUAUAUUUUCUCUCCCAAGAGAUCAUUGACGAAAAAGAGCAUCAGGGACAGAGAACAAGAAGGAAACGGCCCAUUGUUCUAAUGCAGCAGAAUGGUGUAUUCCGUGUGAAUUGUCUGGAUUGCUUGGACAGGACCAAUCUCAUCCAAGGCCUUAUAAGUCAAAUGGCUCUGGAAUUGUUCUUGUCCCAUAGAGAUGAGAGGGCAAAUUCCGACUUUUGGAUGCGACACUCGGCGCUAUGGGCGGACAACGGUGAUACGUUAUCGAAGAUCUACGCCGGCACCGGCGCCUUGAAGAGUUCUUUCACUAGACACGGUAAAAUGAGCCUUGCUGGUGCGAUUGCAGAUGCAAGGAAAUCUGCUACUCGUUUAUACGUGAACCAUUUUGAGGACAAAUCUCGGCAGAACACUGUGGACCUUCUACUCGGGAGGUUGGUAGGCCAAAACAGUGUAGAUUUGUUUGACCCCGUGAAUGACUGGGUUGUCUCCGAGGUCGGAAGAAGACGAGCAGAUUUCGAAACAAGAGAUCAGAUCAAGAUUUGGAUGGGUACCUACAAUCUGAACGGCAAAACAGCAGGUGUCGGAGAAGAUCUGUCAUCAUGGCUGAAUGUUCGCGACAAAGCACUUGACAUAGUCGUGGUCGGCUUUCAGGAGAUUGUUGAAUUGAGCCCACAGCAGAUCAUGAGUACGGAUCCAAAACGACGGAUGAUGUGGGAGACUGCUGUAAGAAUAUGUCUAAAUGGGGGCUCGGACGAUGAGCAAUUCGAGGCUGUACAUGCAAAGGCUGACGAAUAUGUUCUCUUGCGAAGCGGCCAGCUUGUGGGCGCAGCGCUAUUGGUUUUUGUUCGUUCGAGCAUUCUUGGUCGUAUUAGGAAUGUCGAAGGGGCGAUAAAGAAAACCGGCAUGAGCGGUAUCGCCGGCAAUAAAGGAGCGGUCGCCAUUCGAAUGGACGUUGAAAGUACUUCCGUGUGCUUUGUGACAGCACACUUGGCAGCAGGGUUCGGCAACUACGAAGAAAGAAAUCGUGACUACAACACUAUCACGUCUGGCUUGAGAUUUCAACGCAAUCGCAGUAUUGAGGAUCACGAAAUUGUUCUUUGGGCUGGAGAUUUCAAUUACCGAAUUGGCCUCGGCUAUGAAAAAACCAAGGCUAUUGUCAAUGAAGCCAUCGUCGGAAACGAGAAGAUACGGGACGAAGCCUUGGGAAAGCUCUAUGAGAAUGACCAGUUAAACAUUCAGAUGGUAGUGGGCAACUGUUUCAACUAUUAUCGAGAAGGCCGCGUUCGGUUCCUCCCAACCUACAAAUAUGAUCUUGGCAAGGACGAGUUUGAUUCGAGUGACAAGCAACGCAUCCCAGCCUGGACAGAUCGCAUCUUGUGGAAGGUCAAUCAUAAAACAAGUCUUGCGCAAGCCGGUGAAGAUCUUGGCUCCAAGAUGAAACAACUCGAAUACGAUAGUGUGAUGAGUCUCAGGUUCAGUGACCAUCGGCCUGUCUACGCCACUUUUGAAUUGGGUAUACGGGUUAUUGAUGAGGGAAAGAAAGACGCACUUGUCAAGAAGUUAUACAAGAAACGAGCAAACGAGCUGACAGUCAGAGCCGGCGACUCCGUCGAGGACUUUGAAGAAGUCAGCUCAGAAGGCGACGAUACGGAAAGUGUCAUGGGAUAUCAGAGCAUCCAAGAGGGAUUGCCUCCUGCGAGCAGCGACAAGCGGAAGUGGUGGCUUGAUGGAAACAAAGGUGCAAGGAGCACCAUUCGUCCACCCAAAGACAAUGUGAUGCUUAGUAAAUUGCGGGAAGGAAAUCCUUGGAAAGAAACAGAUGAGGAUGACUGGGUCGAGGUGGAAAGACCACCAAUCCUGGAGAAUAAUCAUUCUCAACCCCAGCUCAUCAACAGCGGUGCCACCAGCAGAACAUCGAGCAGGAAGCCGGUGCCUCCACCCUCUAGGACAACAAAACGGAUGGUACCACCAGCUUGGGAGGGGGAACGCAUCGUCCUAUCUGGGCAAGCAAAAUUAGAUGCAGAAAUGAAAGGUCUCCGACGCCCUACACCGCCGACACCGCGAGGGAAAUCAAGGUCGCGAACGAGGGCGGACUCCUCACCCAUACACGUUCCGAUGAACACAGUCACCGCAACCUCACCAACAACAAGAGCACAGAUUCCACAACGCUCCUCUUCGACCGCCACAGUCACCAGGAAACAGCCUCCACCGAAACCCAUCAAACCCACUACACUUGUUUCUUCCUCAAGCCAAACCCCCAGCGGCGGUCCACAUGGCUUAGAUGGGGCCUACACCGACGACAGACCCCCGCAACUACCACGUAGAACCUUGACGACCAGCUCAACCGCCUCCUUUGUCUCCGCACCAGACACUCAAUCGGUCACACAGACGCCAACAUUCAUUCCAGCCAACAUCUCUGGCAUCAGCAGCGGUAACACAUCCUUGAGAAAAGGCACCCCGCCCCCGCCGCCCAGUAGACUCACCAGGCUUCAACGGGACGGGAGUAUUGGCAGCAUGACGGCGUCAAGUCGUAGCUCACUGAGUACCGACCCAGUAACAGCACUAAGGCCACCUCUCCCACCAAGGACGAAUACCAAUCCCUCUUCUUCGGGCACCGCGGUAGCCGCAAGCGGCGCCGUGAACAGGCCUCCUCAGCACGAUUUACUCAAUGACGCCAACGACGACCUCGAACUCGGCCACAGUGAUCAGAAUCCUUCGUCAUCUGAUGCAUCGCGGAAAUCUGCGCUGGAUCGCUAUAAACCGCUCAUGCCCAGCUAG